AAAGACAUGGCCAUUUUGACAACCGCAUUUGCAAUUAAUUUUUUUAGAUGUUUAUGCAGUGUAUUCCGAUAAAAAUUAAUAUUUGUGUGGUGUUAAAAUAUUAAACGUUUAUAAUAGAUGGAGACUCUUCUAGAGCAGCAGCGUCGCUAUCACGAGGAACGGGAACGUUUGGUCAAGUUGAUGGUGGACGAGUAUGCGACGAAGAAAACUGGAGAAAAGGAAAGGAUUCACUCAGAGCAGAGGUUAAAAUGUUUGUUGGAUCUGCACAACAAUUCUACAACUAAGUUAAAGGAACUUUACGAAGAUAAAGAUAAUGAACGAAAAGCUGAAAUUCAGGCUCUCUCUGGGCCAAAUGAAUUCAAUGAAUUUUAUGCACGUUUGAAACAAAUUAAAGAAUUUUAUAAAAAGCAUCCCGCUGAGAUUAGUAUACCUCUCUCCGUCGAAUUCGAGGAGCUUACAAAAGCGUAUAAUAAUUUAGAAGAUAUGUCAGCUCUCGUGGAAUUCACAGACGAAGAAGGUGGUGGCCGAUAUUUAGAUUUAAACGAAUGCUAUGAGCAAUAUUUAAAUCUUCGUGGUGUGGAGAAAGUGGACUAUAUAACUUAUCUGAUGACUUUUGACCACGUCUUUGAUAUACCGCGAGAUCGUAAAAAUCGUGAAUAUCGAAAAUAUAUUGAAAAUUUAAAUGCUUAUUUGCACAAUUUUGUAACUCGCAUACACCCCCUAUUAGACACCGAUGCAGAACUAGUUAAAGUUGAGUUAGAAUUUCAACGUCAAUGGUUGCAAGGCAGUUUUCCUGGUUGGGCAUCUAAGGAGACAGAAUCCGCAUUAGCCAAUACUGGUGCACAUUUAGAUUUAUCGGCUUUUUCCAGUUGGGAGGAGUUAGCGUCCCUUGGUUUGGAUCGUCUAAAAUCGGCGCUUAUGGCGCUGGGCUUAAAAUGUGGCGGUACACUUGAAGAACGCGCUCAACGACUUUUCUCAACAAAAGGCAAGAAAACACUAGAUCCAUCUUUAAUUGCUAAAAAACCAGCAAACAAAAAUGCGAAUGUACAUUCUCGUGAUAAUGAACGUCAUAAGGAAAUUGCUCAAUUAGAGGCGUUGUUGUACAAAUAUGCUGACUUAUUAUCUGAACAGAGAACAGCAACCAAAGAAAACGUGCAACGUAAACAAGCCCGUACUGGCGGAGAACGGGACGAUAGUGAUGUUGAAGCAAGCGAGAGUGAUAAUGAUGAUAUGGACGACGCAGAUGAUGUACCAUAUAACCCCAAAAAUCUGCCGCUUGGUUGGGAUGGCAAGCCAAUACCUUACUGGUUGUAUAAACUGCAUGGUCUGAAUAUCAGUUAUAACUGCGAAAUAUGUGGUAAUUUUACGUACAAAGGACCGAAAGCAUUCCAACGUCAUUUUGCUGAAUGGCGACAUGCUCACGGAAUGCGUUGCCUUGGUAUUCCAAAUACGGCACAUUUUGCAAAUGUAACGCAAAUUGAAGACGCGAUCACAUUGUGGGAGAAACUUAAGUCUCAAAAGCAAAGUGAACGUUGGAUAGCGGAUCAGGAAGAAGAAUUCGAAGAUUCGCUGGGAAAUGUAGUGAAUCGUAAAACCUAUGAGGACUUAAAACGCCAAGGAUUACUCUAAGAAUUGCGCUAACGGUCUGCUUUUUUAUUCGUGUAUGCAUAAAUUAUAUUGAGCUAAAUUAAAAUGAAACAAUGUUCUAUAACAGAAAACAA